CCACUGAGUGGCGACGAAGAGCAUCACUCUCUCCCCAAUCAGCGAGAUUGGGGGACACCUGGCCGGAGGCAGAGGAGCCAUUUUAAAAGGAGCAGGAGGACUGACAUUGAGAGGAACGGGAGCGAGAGAGAAGGAAGCGCUCGGGUCCGCGAGCGGCUAGAGGCUCACGGAGACCCUUGAGACCGCGAUUACUUUAUUUGUCCCAAUUCUAUGCAAUAAACGCUGUGAUCGGCUUUAAUCCUCACUACCAAGCGUGGUUUGUACGUGGAACCCGGCGACAUCGAGGCCCGGGUUACCACAUAUGGUGGAGAAUGCAGGCAUGGAAGAACCCACUACAACACCCCCCCCGGUAAAGUACCCCACCAAUCCGGAAUGCAGAACCCGGACGGGACAGACGCCGCUGCCGCCGCGACAGACGCCGCCACCUCCGCCGUGAGAGACGCCGCCGCGAGAGACGCCGCCGCCGACACGAGAGACGCCGCCGCCGCCACGAGAGACGCCGCCGCUGCGACCCCUGGCCCGGGCGGGUCCAAGGUGGGGUGAUUGACGGCGUAUACCGCCGCCACCCACUGAGUGGCGAUGAAGAGCAUCAAGGCCAAAAUACACCGGCGGCGCGGCGCGCAUUUUACGCGCGUCAAAAGCACGCCCCUAGCACCAACAGCAGGCGGCGCGACGGCCGUGCUGCGCUAUAAAAGCAGGAAGUCGCCUGUCAAUCAACCUCAACAAAGAGACGAAACGCCAUGGAACAAAGAAUUGUGGCCAGACAGAGGGUGGCUGCCCUUCUUCUGCUGCGCCGUAGACUGGCGAGGAGACGACGAAGGGUUUGGGUGCACCCAAUAGACGAACGGAGAGAAGAACGGGUGGUAUACCAGAAUCUAGUCCAGGAGCUCCGAGCAGAUCCUGAGAGGCACCGCCAAUAUUUCCGGAUGAAUGCCACUGGGAUGGACCAAAUCCUCGCAAUAAUUGGUCCUGAUAUAACAAAGAUGGACACAAAUUACAGACGUUUCAUCGAACCAAAACAAAAGCUUGCGGUCACAAUAAGGUAUAUAGCCUCAGGAGAUUCAAUUGCAAGCCUUGCUUUCAGCUACCGCUUGGGCGUAAGCACGGUCUCCAACGCCAUCAAGGACACCUGUGACAUCAUCAAUUUGAGGAUGGUGGGGACAUGCAUGCCACCGCCAACUGAGGAUGAGUGGCGAGGAAUAGCGGCGAGGUUCAUGGAAAGGUGGAACUUCCCAAAUUGCAUUGGUGCCCUUGAUGGGAAACACGUCUCCAUACAGGCACCCCCCGGAUCUGGCACCCUGUAUUGUAAUGACAAGAGAACCUUUUCUGUUGUCCUCUGGCCCUGGUGGACGCAGACUACCGUUUUAGGGUGGUCCACAUCGGGGCAUAUGGUAGGGCCAGUGAUGGGGGAGUGUUGGCUGCAUCUGCACUGGGCAGAGGUCUGGAGGCUGCAACACUCAAUGUCCCUCAGGAUGCAGUCAUACCUGCUGCUCAACAUCUGGGUGUCAUGCCGUUCACGGUGAUUGGAGAUGCUGCGUUCCCUCUGAGAACAUAUCUGAUGAGGCCCUAUCCUGGACGCGACAUCUCCCUGGAAAGGCGCAUUUUCAAUUACAGACUGUCAUGGGCCAGAAAUGUGGUUGAAAAUGCCUUUGGCAUUCUAACACCCAGGUGGCAGAUCUUCAAACGAAGCAUCUCCCUCCACCCUAACAAAGUGGAUGCCAUUGUGCUAGCAACAUGCAUACUGCAUAACUUUCUUCUUCAACCAGCAGACAAUCAGAGAUGGCUGGACGAGCAGGAAGGCAACAACCUUGAGGACAUGGAGAGGAUGAGGUUGGGAAACAGAGGUGGGCGGGCAGCACAUGCUGUCAGAGACAAGCUGUGCCAAUAUUUCAAUUCGCCACUAGGAAGUGUGCAAUGGCAGAACCGUAUGGUGUAGCCUAGUCAUCAUGAUGACCUAUAAUUUAGUUAUUAUCCCUCUCUGGUAUGAAUACUCUUUUGCAUUAAUAUAUAUACUUUUUUUUUUUAUCCCUAGGGAUAAAUACAGUGCGUUUGCUGUGCUGGACUCUGUAGCCAGUCUAUUUUAUUUGAGUGCUUGAGACACUUAAUGUUUUUCCUUAAACCCAGAGAGACAGUUAAUACAUGACAAUGCAUUUUUGAACUUUGCCUGUGUUUUCUUUUACUUGGCUGUAUUGUAUAUUUA